ACAAGUAAAUCCUGUAAAUAAAAAAUCGAAGAAUGUUAUUUGUACCUUGGAAACCGAAUAAACAAGUUUAGUAAGGAAGCCUUUCAUUGCGAAUUUAACUUAAAAAUGAAAAAGUUUAAAAGAAAAGUAUACCGCGAAUAUGAAAAUUUUGUGCGACCAAAGACUCAUGUUGAACCAGAGCCACCAAAACCCAUAAAUUUAUCGAUUGAGGAUUUCAAUGCGCGCGGAGAAAUAGCUAAUCCUCGUGCUCCUUGUGUGGUGACCACCAUCGAUCCAGAUUACAUAAAAGAUGCCAGUCUGCAACGGUUGGCCAGAAAGUUUCGAAUGAAAACGGACAUCCUGCUCUUGAGGGAGAUUACCCGGAAUCGAUUUAUGUAUUAUGCCACCCAAGAACUGUUUUUAGACCGAAAACGAGAAAAGGAGUACCAGGACAAUCUAUAUGAGAAGGCGGAAGAGUUCCACAAAUUUGCAGAGGAGUCGCUAAAGAAAAUGGAGGCGGACGAGUUUAAAAAAAUGCUAGAGGCCCAGGAGAAGUUAAAGAUACUAAAAGAAAGCAAAUUGGCAGAUGAGCUCAACGAAGUGAAGCUUGAGCAUCAGCGUGUCUUGAUGGAAGUGCAGGAAGUUUACGGCCGAUUUCAGUAUUUGCUAAAGCUGAUUAGCUAUUUUGACGACACAGUGGAGGAGGAUCCGACCGAAGGAAACGAUGACUGCAAUAGACUAAAUAUGCCGCAGGAAAUUGCGGCCAUGGAGAUAACCGAACGCCACCCAGCUGGUCUGGAGCACGUGCGCCAAGUACAGAACUACAUGGAAAAAACAGUGCGUCCCUAUUUAGCCAAACGGAAUCAUCUGAAUGCAGAGAUCUGGAUUAGGGGAUAUGAGAGGAACCGCCUGAAGGUAUCCAAUUACAAUAGGCGCUUUACUCAGCUGGCACUCUUGAACCAUAUCGUAGGCAUCCUUCACGAUAAGUCUCAAAAGACAUAUGAGCGCCAGGUGAAAGCCAAUGUGUUCCUCAAGGAUCCUGAAUUUCUACAGCGACGAGUGGCAGGCCUUCAGGAGCGUGCCAAGGGCUUAUUGAAUGACUACGAGCAAAGAUACUGCAAGGACAAACUAAACAUAAAGCUAAAUAGUAUUAUACCAGUAAUCCUCAAGCUAAUCCAGAACAAAGUCCAGCCGGAGCAAAAGAGGGAGGUAAUAGAGCCGCCACCUAAGCCAGCAGUGCAGAAAUCCUCCAAGCAGUGGCGCACCUUGCAGGAUAUGCACCCUCCACCGGCACCACCGAAGUCUACAUACGAAGACGAACAGGACACGACCCUGGCCAAGGUGGAGAAAAUCCAAGCUCAUGUUCUGGAUCUCUUGGCUAAGUUGGACCGCAUAGAACCAACCAAGCUGAGAUGCGUGGAGCAACAGGUUCGACGUCGCAUGACAGCUGAGAAGGAGAUGUCUCGCCGAGCUCUAGUUAAACAGAACCGCCUACAUAACUGGAUGGCUCACUUCAAGAAACAUCAUCAUCUGCAGGUGGAGCAGCGAUGGAAGAACAAGGUAUAAUUUGAACAAUAAUCUUAUAUACCCCUUCUAAGUAUUAAA